GAAAUCGAUUUCUAUUCAAAUCUGAUCUUACAGAGAGAUAGUCUCAAGAGUUCCGGAGCGGAAUCAAGGAAGAUUAGUGGCAAUGGCGACCAUCAAAGUUCCGGAGCAUGUUCCUUCUCCUGCCGAAGACUGUGAGCAGCUUCGCAAAGCUUUCAAAGGAUGGGGAACGAACGAGGGCUUGAUCAUAUCGAUUUUGGCCCAUAGAAAUGCAGCUCAAAGAAGUUUAAUUCGGAAAACCUAUGCUGAGAUGCAUGGUGAAGAUCUUCUUAAAGAACUAGACAAGGAACUUUCGAGUGAUUUUGAGCGAAUUGUACUUUUGUGGACAUUGGAACCUGCAGAUCGUGAUGCAUUUAUGGUUAAUGAAGCAACAAAGAGGUCAACCUCAAACAAUUUGGUUAUUGUGGAAGUAGCUUGCACUCGAUCACCACUCGAACUAUUCAAGGCGAGGCAGGCCUAUCAUGCCCGUUUCAAGAGAUCUCUUGAAGAAGAUGUUGCAUAUCAUACAUCUGGAGAUAUCCGCAAGCUUUUGGUCCCUCUGAUUAGCUCCCUCCGAUACGAGGGAGAUGAGGUGAAUCAAUCCAUAGCAAAAUCAGAGGCGAAAAUACUCCAUGAGAAGAUAGCAAAUAAGGAAUACAAUCAUGACGAACUAAUUAGAAUCCUAACGACAAGGAGCAAAGCGCAAUUACUUACAACAUUUAACCUCUACAAUAACGAGUAUGGCAAUGCCAUCAACAAGGAUUUGAAGGUCGAUCCCAAAGAUGAGUACCUUAAGUUACUGAGAACAACCAUCAAGUCUUUGAUCUUCCCAGAAAGACACUUUUCCAAAAUCCUUCGAUUGGCAAUCAAUAAGUUGGGGACGGAUGAGUGGGCACUUGCAAGGGUCGUUGCUACUCGAGCUGAAAUCGACAUGGAGCGCAUCAAAGAAGAAUAUUUUCGCAGGAACAGCAUUCCUCUGGAUCGUGACAUCGCCAAAGACACUUCUGGGGACUACGAGAGAAUGCUUCUUGCGUUGAUUGGACAUGUUGAUGCCUGAGGUACCCCUCUUAUUCAGGAAAUUUACUUUGCUUUUCUCUAAAACCUUGUCUAUCCGUUCGUUUGAACUUUGAACAUGGAGAGAAAAUGGCAUCUUCAAUAUGUUGUAGGAUUUCCCUCCUGUUUUGUGUACUCUGAUGGAUUUUCCUUCAGUUAUUUUGAAUAAAUAAAUUUCAAACUUGCAUCUCUUUCCAAA